AUGGCCAGGCGCUCCUCCUCCGCCUCCACCCCUCCAGGGCCCAGGCAGACUGCGGCCCGCCCUCAGGCUCCCUUGCCUCCGGCAGUUGCCGCAUCAGGACCUCCGGGUGCUUUCCUUGUCGAGUUGCUGAUCUACAACGGUGCCCCCUUCAAAGACCACUGGUCGUACUGGGUACGCUCUCACCAGGACCCGGACCUUGGUGUCCUCAUACACGCCGCCGGUGACGUGAGGAACGGCUUUCGGUUUGAGAUUAAGCGCAGUCAUGACUUCCGAGCUACUGGUAACCUCCCAACGAAGAGGAUACCGCUGCAGUGGGUUGGUAAGGAGUUCUUCAUCGAGAAGGCGAUGUUCAACUCCGGCCAAUACAAAGUCGAUCAGACCCCAGUUUGCUACUUCGAAGCUAGUGCACAUAAGGUCAAAGUUCCCGAGAAGACUUUGAGAGCUGUCGAUGACAAGGUUACUUCGGCACCUAGCAGGCUCACUCAGAGGAACUGCCAGACUUGGAUCGUCGAGUCGGCCGACCAGCUUGUGAGAGACCGGAUUUUCGGCAGUGAGGUUGCUGCUUAUGUUCACUCCAUCAAGCAGUGA